UACUAUUUGGCACACUUCCCGAAAUGGCUUGUCUGUACGUUGUUUGGUCGUAGGGCUGUUUGACUGACUCCCGAGUCCAAAAGAGACAGACAGACUUGCUGCGAAGACAUGGACUCGCCAAAACGCGCCGGCUCACCUUCCUCGUCGGACUCAAAACGAAUUAAGCUCACGGCCCCUUUUCAACCUCAAAAUGCAUCCCCAGUAGAUCCAGAAAAUGCACCAGGAAAACGCGCAGAACUCGAGCCCAUCCAGGGCGGUGACAUCGGUAAUCUAGCACCAAUACCGGACAACGCUGAGGACGGUGGGGGCGGUAGCAGUGGAACUGUGAGAGUUCAACGAGAGGGAGAAGGCGAAGACGAUGCAGACGAGGAAGACCCUGCAGCUCUGGAAGCGACGCGAUUGAAACUCGAGGAGCAGGCCCGCAAAUACCUUGCCGCUCAGACUCACGACGUUAUCAUACCGUCCUAUGCUGCCUGGUUCGAUAUGUCAACCAUCCACCCAGUCGAGAAACGCGCUCUCCCCGAGUUCUUCAACUCUCGCAACCGGUCAAAGACCCCCGCAAUUUACAAGGAAUACCGUGACUUUAUGAUCAACACCUAUAGAUUACGACCUACCGAGUACCUUACCGUGACUGCAUGCAGACGCAAUCUCGCCGGAGACGUCUGUGCGAUCAUGCGAGUACACGCACUCCUCGAGCAGUGGGGUCUCAUCAACUACCAGAUCGACCCUGAACAAAGACCUGCAGCACUAGCACCACCAUUCACUGGACAUUUCCGCGUCAUCCUCGACACCCCCCGUGGCCUCCAAUCAUUGCAUCCCGGCACCCGCCCCUCAAGUCUGCACCCCGCCGCCAACGGGACGCAAAAACCUCUAGUCGCUUCUGCAUCUGGCCCUAAUGCUACCUCCGCUUCACUUGAGCUUCGCAAUUCCAUAUACCAGACCACGGCCAAAGCGUCCCGAGAAAUUCAGCCCAGUGAGGCUGCAUCACUUGCGAAUGGUCUUGCAGCUGGUACCCGCGGUAACGUGUCCUACCAGUGCGACACCUGUGGCACGGACUGCACCCCGGUGCGCUACCAUAGUCUGAAAGUGAAGGAUUUUGAGCUCUGUCCUCCAUGCUAUCUCGACGGGCGUUUCCCCUCGACAAUGUUUAGCGGUGACUUUGUUAAGCUUACCGCCACACCACCUAACAUCAGACAUGGUGCCGGCGAUGAGGAAUGGAACGAUCAGGAGGUGUUGCUGCUGCUGGAGGGCAUCGAAAUGUACGAUGAUGAUUGGGGUGCAAUCGAGGAUCACGUUGGCACGCGGAGCGCCCAACAGUGCAUUCGUAAAUUCUUGUCACUACCCAUCGAGGAUCCCUAUAUUGCGGACAAUCCUGUCAUGAGCGUGGUGGCCUUUCUAGCGGGUGUUGUAAGCCCCAGCGUAGCCAGCGAGGCAGCCAAAACGGCGAUGCAUGCCCUAACAGACGGCGCCUCCAAAGUAAAGGACGGGGAGAAGGAGGAGGAUGAAAAGGAUGGUGAGAAAGGGAGUACAGCCAGUGCAGGCGAUGCUCCCAUGGAAGAAGAUAUGCCUAACACAUCCAGUCAAGCCGAGGCAGGCCCGUCCACUGCAUCACAAGUGGAUGGCGCGACCGGUGACCAUUCCGCUGCACCGUCGCACAAUCCAAAGAUUCCACAUUCGCAUGCCGUCCGUGCUGCACGUCUCGCUCUCAAAUCUUCUGCACGCGCAGCAGGGGAGCUCGCUGAAGCGGAAGAUGCACAUAUUCAGAGUACACUGGCGUCGUUAAUCAAACUGACGCUGACAAAACUAGAAGUGAAGAUGACGGCGUUUGAAGAAUUGGAAGAAUUGCUAGAGGAAGAACGCAAGAGCCUCGAGAGUGCGCGUAUGGCACUGGUGAACGAGCGUGUCAACCUCAAGCGGAUGCUGGAUAGUGUCAAAGCUGAGCUUGGAAAACACGCUCCUGCGAACCUGGGUACGACGGGACAGGGCACCGUUGUCAGCGACGUGCCAGCAGAUUCAACGAUGGACGGAGACCCGGGGCCAGUUGCAGAUGGCAACCUUGCACAGUUAGGUUAGAUUCAGUAGGUGAGGGGAUUAUGGUUAUUGAUAUGCGACUGUUGUGUGCUACAUCUCCUGCUCUGCUUCGUGUAUGUAGAAUUGUCUACUAAGGUCUCCAUAAUACAUGGCCAUGGCUCAUGUUGCUGAUC